AUGGGCAAUAAGUUAGAUUAUCAGGAGCGAUGGUAAGAUGUUAAAUUUACACACACUCGAUUGCCAGAUGUAAACGAUUUUUGCAAGGAGAUCCUGGUCUAUAACAUUAAAAUCAACAAAAUCAGAGACGCAUUAUUGUCAGCAGAAGAGAACAUGAUUUUAUAUCUUGGACUGAUAGACAUCGAGACACUCAGCAAGAAGGGCUAUAAGCUGAACUUAAAGGAUGUGACAUUAGCUAUAUUCUUCUCAUUUAAUGCCUACUUUAGAGGAGAACUAUUUAGGAUGCUGAAUUUAAAGCUUAGUGAUUAGCCACCGUUCUUUGAAAUAAAUAUCCAUUAUCUCAACCCUAUACUUAAGGAUGUUUGGUUAUAAUACCAGAAAUAUAUGACAACGUUGGAAAACACCUAGAACUUUUGUCAAGCCUUAAUAAAAAAGUACAAGGCUUUUUACCUAGACUUCUAUGAAAGAUAUACUGAGUUCCUCUAGGAGCUUGAGCAUCAAAGAGAUCUUGACUAGAUCUCUAAACUUCACAGCAAUUAUGAGUAGAUAGUUAGAGUUGGAUAAAAUCUGGGGUGUGUUGAAAAACAGAUAAAAGAAAAGUAUGAUCUAAUUUUAGAUGCAAUAUCGAUUAUCAGAGAAGGAUCGGAGGUCAUUCAGACUGCUGUAGUGUGCAGAGUCAAUAAGAUAAAGUAUCCCGAUGAAUGCAUGGCUAAAAUUAUGCAGCUAAAGAAUGUGCCAUACUAGGAGAUAUACGAUCACUAGGAAUACAAAAUGAACUAGCAGAGAAACUAUGAGAGAUAUCUUUUCGUGAGCAAUAAGUAUCUGCCUUCAAAAUACUAACAGCCGUAGGAGGUGUAUGAUGAUCGGGAGUAUGAGGAGUAUCUUAUUAAAAACUAUAGAGAUAAGAAUGGAGUAAAGACUUAUCAAGAUAAAACCAAGAAUAAUGAUGCAGACAAUGUAAGUGAUGUGAAUAUGAAAACAACUAUUACAAGCAAUAUGGGUUAAGAUAGACAAAUAACUGCGAAGUUAGGUAAUGUUCAGCCUAUAUCAACUGCUAACAAUGAAAAUGGAUUCAUAAGCAAGAUAGGUAACGAUUCUAAUACUCAACCACCUCCAGUAACUAAAAGCCUUUUUGAAAAUGUAACUAAACAGCCUCCUAAGAGAAAGUCAAUAUUCAAAAUGCUUUUCAGUUGA